AUGCCCCGUCCUGGCCAGCCACCGCCAUCUACUCUCAGAAACCGCAACCGGAUUACCAACAAAACCCGGCUUAAGAUCAUCCAUGGUGAUAUCGACGUCGACCAGAUAAUUCCGGACGAAGACGAAGAGAAGAACCGUCUGCUGCAGAGUGUUGCCGGUGUUGACCAGGAGGACGCUAACGAACAUCAUCUUCAAGCUGUUCUUUCACAAGCUGCGUCGCAAGCUGCUAGUGGUAAAGCAACUAAGGACAAUGAACAACUUGCCGCCUUCAUUCCCAUCCCCGAGCAUUCAGGCUUUGCAGAAAACUACACUUCCCUCUAUCCUGCCGACCGUUGGAAGGAUCCUGUGUCUUAUAUUCAAUCCAGUUCUGUAAUCGACGAGUAUACUGCUGCUGCUCUCGCAGAUGGCUGUACCUACUAUAUGGAUGAGCGUGACAAGGAGUGGCUUGACCGUAACAACGAGGAAGCUCGAGGUGAAGGUACUAGUGCCCAAGGUUCUGUGCUAACUUCCAGCGGUCGAGUAUCUGGUCGAAGUGCGAAGGGGAAAGGAAAAGAAUAUGAAGACGCCCAACCCUCACUCAUGUCUGAGGACGAAUUCGAGCUCGUAAUGGGCCUCUUUGAGAAGAUAACUCAGGAGAAGACUGAGUUUUUGCAUCACAGUCUCGAGUCAGGUCAAAUGCACUUUCCUGAGUUCUCAGAAUACCAAGAAGUCCUAUCUCUACCUUUACCGCCUGCCACUUUUGCUUCGUACUCUCCUCCGACAUGGUUACCUCAGCCUUCUCAUCUGCUUCGUCUCGCACGUGUUGUAUACCCGUACUGGAAGGAACGGUGUUUAGAACGCGCUGGUCGAAGGAUUAUACCCCAUCUAAACUUUGAUGAGUCUGAUACCUUGAAUGAAUCUUAUGUUUGUUUUCGAAGACGUGAAACGAAGGCAGUUCGGAAAACGAGAGCCUCUCAGGCUACCUCAUCUGACAAACUUACCCGUUUGCAAAGCGAAUUCGAAUACCCUCUCCAACUUGCCACGCAGUUACUUGCUCGAGAGCAGCUCAAACGAGACUCCGCUAGACAAUCGCACCAUGUCUGGAAUCUACGCAUGAAAAUGGUGGAUCUGAAGAUUAAGAAUCCUACCUUUGGCGACAAGAUUGACGAGGAGCUCCUAAUAGAUAAGGAACGACCCACCAAGAAAGCAGAGCCUUCAUCUCGUGUCCGGCUUCCUGCUAAAUCAGAGGCUUCCGCUCAGCCUUCUGCCUCCGCACGUGAAAUCAUUCGGCCCAAGGAGAGAUUUGCCUCGUAUCAAGGGAAAAUUGAACAGAUGCUUCAAAUUCGCAAAGAUCAAGAUAUGCAAUGGGAAGAUCAUGUCGAUAUUGGCUACGUUCAACCUACUAUAACACCUUAUGGUUCCAGGCUGUUCAAAUACAUCAGCGCUCCCUCCGAGUUGGGGCAACCCUCUACCGAUGCCGAUGCUGCUGCAGGAUUAGUACCAAAACGAUCUAUACGCUUAAGAUAUGGACGCGGUGGUCGUACAUUCAUUGAUCGUAGACCCCAUUCUUCGCAGGGUAAUUUCAAGCGGUGUCGCAGAAUCAUGACUUCUGAUGAUGACGAGGAUGCAAUGGAGGUUGAUGAUGUUGAAUCACACGAGGAAGCUGAUCGUCGACUUUCCGAGCGAUGGAGAUUCGAUGCGGACGACGGUCCCCCGUAUGGUCCCAAUGGGGCGGAGGAACAGGAUCGAGUUCUAGUGGAUGAUUUCGAUUCCAAAUUCAUAAGCAACUUGCUCGAUCAGUCGGAUUUAACUACUUUGAUGACUGACUUCAGUAUUCCUGUAAUCAAAGAUGGCAAAAGGGAGAGCUACACCCCAUAUAGGCUCGGUAUGACGCCGCCCAUGAUGCCUAUAACGCCUAGAACGUCGUCGCAACCUCAGGUUCCUGUUCAAGGUGUUACACCUGUGUCACAGCAGGUUCAUGCUCAUCAAUCUGUUCCCAUAUCACAGCAACUUAAACUACCCUCCUCUGUUUCUACUCAGCAAGCUCGCGCUUCUGGUAGUAACCAGCCAACUGUUUCGCAGCCUCCAACUGCUCUCUCCACCGUACAAUCUUCUGCUUCCCGCCCUUCGGCUGUUAUACCCUCACCUCAGGUCAUCCAUAAUGGCAGACCAGCUAUGAACAUGCCUCGUGUUGACAUGAUGAAGCUCGCUUUCAAUCAUAGUCUUCCAUCUGCUUUGCAAUCUAAAAUCGAACCAAUUUCUCAAUCCGACGUCGGUAAUCACACCAAAUCUCAACCCGACGAGCAACACCAACUCGUCCGAUCGAAGUCGCAGCAGCAGCAGGUCGCCCAAUCGUCGCAACCAGACCAAUCUCAGGUUCAGAUUUCAACCACAACUGCAGUCAAUGGUCUUCAUCCUACGUAUGCUGCUCUCGCGAAUGCCAAUCCUUCCGCAUACAACAUUUCACAUUAUAUGCCUCAUUAUCCUGCUAACCCUGUCUCGUCUGGCCUUAACAAUCAGCAACUACAGCACUUGAAGUCUGUAUUCAAUUCUGCGAACGCAGGCGGCUCACAGAACUACAAUUCUGCGUUGUUUACGCAAAUGCAGAUGCCGAAAAAUAGUAGUGCCGUUGCCAAUGGCACAUCGGGUACACCUGCUGUUAACGGAAGUUCUAAUAUACACAAUUUCACUGCGCCUCCUGUUCGCCCGAUGCAGCGAGUCCAAAGUGGGUCUACUGUCAAUGGAUCAUCGUCGAGCCCUCCUCGACCAGCGUCUACAGUUAAUGGUAUUCAACAUGAUCCCAGCGCUUCACCCAGUCCUCGUAUGAUGCAUGCAUUGGUCCCUGGAGAACACAUUCCUGCGCGUACCUCUUCUGCGAACGGUUCGAGAACCGGCUUUCGGCCUCCCAGUAACGGAAUGCAAAAUGGAGCCCAGAUAGUAUACGGUCCAAAUUCCAUACAACAACAGCAAAUGCUUCAGAUGCACAGCCAGUCGCCUCCACAGCCGGUAUACAACUCCCCUCAGGCCUACUCCCUAUCCCCUUCGCCGCCCAAGAUGCAGCCUGUUUCUAUGCCUAAUGCAGGCUCCCCAUUAUUGCAACAGCAACAGCAACAGGUUGUUGGUAACUCACAAGGAGUCUACUGA